ACCCUGCAAAUGGUAUGGUAUAGGAUUUUAACGCCAAGAACCAGGACAAAUCCGAAACACUCCGAAAAUAUCAAACAUGGCGUCGAAUAGCAAGCGAAUGGUGUAUGUCGGAGGUUUAUCUGAGGAGGUGGAUGAGAAAACUCUGCAUGCAGCAUUCAUACCAUUUGGUGAUGUGACCGACAUAAACAUUCCAUUGGACUAUGAGACAGAGAAGCACAGAGGGUUUGCCUUCAUUGAAUUUGAGCUUGCAGAGGAUGCUGCUGCUGCAAUAGACAAUAUGAAUGAUGCAGAGUUGUUUGGUAAAACAAUCAGAUGUAAUCUGGCUAAACCAAUGAAAUUGAAGGAAGGCUAUGCAAAAGCAGUGUGGUCUGAAGAUACCUGGUUACAGGAGCAUGCUGGAGAAACUAUAGGUGGUGAAGACAAGGAGAAUAGUGCAGAAUCUCCAACCAAACGUCCAGCACAGACUGAUACAGAUAAUGAGCCCGCUGGUAAGAGAUCUCGGACAAGCUCCCAAGUGUUCUUUGAUAUAAAGAUAGGCAACAAACAGUCUGGCAGAAUUGUGAUACAGCUGCGACCAGAUGUGGUCCCAAAAACUGCAGAAAACUUUCGAUGUUUAUGUACACAUGAAAAGGGCUUUGGUUACAAAGGUAGCUCAUUCCAUAGAGUUAUACCUUCAUUUAUGUGCCAAGGUGGAGACUUUACAAAUCAUAAUGGAACAGGUGGAAAGUCUAUAUACGGAUCCAAGUUUGAAGAUGAAAACUUCACUCUGAAGCACACAGGACCAGGUACUCUAUCAAUGGCAAAUUCUGGACCAAAUACUAAUGGCUCACAGUUCUUUAUUUGUACAGAGAAAACAGAUUGGUUGGACAAUAAACAUGUUGUAUUUGGAAAAGUUAUUGAAGGAAUGGAUGUAGUAAGGAAAAUGGAGAAAUGUGGUACAAAGUCAGGAAAACCAACAGAGAAGAUUUCUAUUGUAAACUGUGGAGAGCUAGUUUGAAACCUUGCAGUGUUACUGGGACUUGAAGUUUCUCUAACUUGGCUUGGUGCUGGACAUACAAGCUCCUGUGGAAAACAUGCUUCAGCUUACAGACAAAAUACUUUAAAAAGGCAAAUGUUGACAAGUGUAGCACGUGACUGUAAUUUGAUUAAAUGGAUUUAAUAUUUUUAACAAAGUUCAGAGUGUAAGCUGCAGUAGCGCUCUUGUGUUAUAUUUUUCUGUAAACAACAAACCGGGCAGAGGUCUCCAGUGAGUGAGAAUCUGUAUCCAAGCCUACAGGUCACGAGUUCGAGUCCUGGUGAGAGAUGUGCCGUAAUCUCGUACUGAGGCCCGCAUACUUGUUUUGAUUGUAUUGUAAGCAGCAGUCAUUGAAGUGGAGUUAGUAUAAAUUGAGUGAUUUAUAGUGAUGAUGACAAAAUCCCUGUACUCAUGAAUGCAUUCUCAUGGUAGUAUAUCUUAAUUUGUUUUAUCCUGUUGUUUUUGUUUGUUAUGGAGAUGGUAUUAAGAGUAUUGUUAAAAUUGCUUUCUUUUAUCUUCUGUGCUUUCUACUUGAAAUACAAAACAUUAUAAUGACUUUUGUCCAACAGUUCUGAUAAAAAUAUAUUAGUAAAUGAGCUGUGCCAUGGGAAAACCAACAUACUGGCUUUGCGACCAGCAUGGAUCCAGACCAGCCUGCGCAUUUGCGCAGUCUGAUCAGGAUCCAUGCUGUUCGCUUUCAAAGUCUAUUGCUAUUAGAGAAACUGUUAGCGAACAGCAUGGAUCUUGACCAGACUGCGCGGAUGUGCAGGCUCAAAUGAUAUUAAAACGUUGUGAAACAAACAGAUAGAAAGUGUAUAAGAAAUUGUGUAAGCAGUAUAAAAUUAUGAUGUCAUAAAUAUCAGAAGAUUGAGUUGUGGUACAAAGGUACUGAUCGAUGAUUAUCUAUAGUCAGCUCAACCAUAGUCUCUUACACAAUUCUUACAGGAUCAGGAUAUGCUGAAACUGAUUUUUUUUUUCAUGUUUUAUGUCAGCUGUAUUAAAACAUCUUUUAGAAGCAUUUCUUGGCUAAAUAGACUUAUUUGAUUUCCUUUAUGUCUGUGCGUUACACAAAAUAUGCUAACUUACUGGCUUGAUUGGCAGAAAUCGCUGUUGGCAUUAUUUCAGGCAGGGUUUGACAUAUUCUUUGAAACCAAGUUAUCCUGGCGGAGAAGCUCUUUAAUGCAGUUUGACUUGUUCUGUAAUUUAAUGCCUUUAUACUGUAUUACUCAGAAUGUGCCAAUUUAAAGUCUUGUGAAAACAAUACAUAAUGAAAUCAGGGACUAGAUAUCGUCUAGCUAAUGUGAUAAUAAUGCAGUGCCGUAACGGAACUUGAUAGGUUUAUUGUUGCGAAACAAUAAAUCAGCUUUGUUUGGAUAACUUUCAGUUAUUAGAUUUUUCGUUGAAUUUAUGAUAUAUGUUUGGUAAAAAAUUGCACUUACCCUGUAGGACGCAUAUUACUGCAAGUUUGCAAGCCCAUAUCAUAUUUCUACUCAUUUUUGGAAUGGACAAAGGGAUUUGACGAACCCUUAGUUGCUUCUAUGGCUUCUUCUCAUGAAAGACUUUAUUUCUGUUCCUUUUUGUGUUUAUGAUUUAUUAAUUUGAAAUAGUAAUAUUAAAUUUUUUAAAGUAAAA